AAUAAUUUCUGAAAUUUAAAAUAAAUUAAAUUAUGUAAAUUAAAUUAUAUUUAAAUGUGAAAUACAAUUUAAAAUUUUUUUUAUUGUAAAUUAAUUUCAGAAUUCAAAAUUUUAUUUUCUGGAUAUAAAAAUAAUUUCACGAUAUUAUUAAAUAAAAUAAAUGAAUUAAUUAUAUAUUUUCUUUAAUUUUAUAAAUUAUAAAUGCAAAUGCUCUUCUAAAAGCUUCAUAUGAGAGCAUUGGCCAAAAGAGCAUUUGGAGAGCAUUAGUAUUUAAUAAAUGCUUAUCUAACAAUUGUUGAUUGGAUAAUGUAAAGCAUAAUGAUAAUGUUUAUGCUCUACCAAUCAAGGUCUAAGAGAUAUAUAUACUUGAGAUUGGAAAGGGUAGGCUAAAAUCAAACCAAAUAUAUAUUUAAAUUAUUACAGAUCCAUACCCUUUUUUCCUAUACACUUUAUUAAAAACAGAAUAUACCUUAUUAAAGAUAAGGAAAACGUGUUUUGUAAGUUUUAAACACAUAAUCUCAUAUAAAUUGCAAAUUUCAUGUUUUUGUAAACUUAGAUCAAUCGUUUCAUUUGUUAUAGGUUAGCUAAUGGAUAAAAAUACUGGUCAUAUGUUUUGUUGGUUUGGUUUUGAAUUUUAUAAAUAGUCAAUAUUAUAUGGGCCAUAAAGUUAUAAUAAGCCUAACCUAAACUAAUUUAUUCGUAUUUGGUAAAUUGAUGGGCUGGCGAACAAUUAGAUUAGCACAAUCAAUUGACCACGGAAGGAAAUGAUUAUUAAUGAUAGGAAAGGAUUAUUAAUGAUUGUAUAAGAAACGAUUGUGUUUUAAUUCCAGUGGCAUUUUCUUGUAAUUAUUGAGGAAAACUUAGGGUUAAGUACUAUUUGUACUUCUGUUUUAAUAGAUUAGAUACAAGACAUUUAUAUGUAAGAAAGUUUAAAUAUCGUUAUCAUAAUGCACAUGAUAUAGUUUUGUGUUUUGAAACAAAAAAACUUGCUAAGUGAACUGAAGCUAAUAAAGAUAUAUUAACUUGAUUUUAGUAAAAGAUCGAAAUGGUCGACCAGAAUAAAUAUAUUAUAAAAUUAUUAAUAUUGUAACUUUAAUUUUAACUAUUUUGUAAUUUACAUGUAUGAUUUAUUAUUGCUUAGGUAUAAUGGAUUUUAUUUACUUCUCCAAAUCUAACCAUAGUAUUUUCGUGCUGAAACAAAUUAAUAUUUUGAAUUUUUUUUUUGAAUUUAUGCUUUUGAUUUUUGGCAUACUAAUUUAGAUUGUUCAUGAUAUCAUUUUUGGAUUAUACUGAAUUAUACAUAUUGCAUUAGUUCAGUUUUUCAUCUUAAAUAUGUAUAUAUAUAUUUUCAUAAUUUUCUUGUAUAAUUUGAUUUUGUGGAUUUAUAAAUGUAGUAGGAAAAACUGAUAUGAUGAUAAGUACAAAAGUUUUAUAAAUGAACAUUAUCGAUAAAAUUUUCAAAACUUAUGAACGGAUAUAAAUGUAUACAAAAUAGUUUUGUUUUGUAAAUUACUAAAUUCUAAGCAGCUUUAUACUUUAGAUGUAUUGGAAAGUGCUGCAUGUCAUGUCAUGUCAUGUCAUGUUUGUUACUUAUCUCAUAUGACAUGUCAAAACAAAAUAAAUUUAUACAUAAUUUAAUCAAUGCGUUGAUUAUUAAUAAAUUUUGUUUGAAUUUGUUGAUUAAAUGGUAAUGUAUAAAGUUUGCUUCUUUGUCAAUUUGGCUAAGUAGAAAUUGAACCGAUUAAUAAUUACUUUUUCUGUGUCAAAAACUGUAAGCGAAGGAAGAAGAGAAGACACAACACCGUUCGUUGAUUCUAGUCGUCGUCUUCGCACAACUAAACAAAAGAAAGGGUUAAACGAUGGAGGAGAUCAAGGUGGAGAACGUGGGGAACGAGUGUAGGGUGAGGGGUGAGGGUCUUCGUAAGGCGUUGGACAAGGUUAACGCUCAUGCUUCCGACAUACUUGUCUUUAAUGUUCAGUGGAAAGACUUGAAUGAGUGUGUGGAAUCAGUCCAAGGCAAAUUAGAGGAGAGGUUCAGGGAGUUAGAAAGGUCAAAAUUAGAGGAGAGGUCCAAGGAGGUUGAGUUGAAAGGUCAAAAUUUUGGACUUGAAGAGAGGGUUAAAGUGGUUGAAGAAGCUGAAGCUAAGGUUGCUGAUUUGGAGAUGAAAUCUGAUGGGGUUCGGAUGGAUGUUGAAGCAAUGAAGAAAGAGCUUAGCUUUCUCACGGAACAGGUGGAGGUUUCUCUAGGCAAGUCUAAUGCAGAGGAAGCGAGACUGUCUCGGCUUAGGCAAUUGGUGGAAGAGUGUGAGGAAGAGAGAAUGUUGAAGGAGAGUCAGCUUAAUUAGAUGGUGGAAUCUUGGAGAAAGACUCAUGUUGAGCUUGGUUUGAAAGGUGAAGAGCUAGCAAAGAUGGAGACUGAUCUUGAGAAAUGCCGUGAUGAUGUUAGCGCAGAGAUGGAGGUUUUGAGUAGAACUCAAACUCACAGGAGAGAGUUGGAUGAGGAAGUUGAGAGGAAGACAAAAGAUCUCACAUUGGUUCAGAAAAAGCUUGCGGAAUGUGAGAAGCUGUUUGAAACAAGCACCUCAGAGCUGGUUAAGACUCAGGAUGAGCUUGAAUGUAAGCGAGAAGAUUUAGGACAGAUGGAAGCUGAUUUUCAGAGGCAUCGCGUUAAGGUCAUCACAGAGAAGGAUGAUUGGGAAAGGACUCAAACUCACAGUAGAGAAUUGGAAGAGGAGAUAGAGAGAAAGAGGAAGGAUCUUACAAUGGUUCUUGAUAAAAUUGAGGAAUGUGAGAGGCAUCUAGAAUCGGUGGAAGAGCAAUUAGAUUCCCAGCGGAAGCUGCGUGAGACACAGUCAUCUGAGCUUGUCUCUAAAGAGAAGGAGUUGCAAGCACUUAGUCUGGACAUUGACUUGAGGGAACAGACUGUCAUAUCCCUAAAUAAUGACAUGGAAUCAAAAGCCAAGGAGUUGGAGAACGUUCAAAAGCUAAUUGAGGAAAGGAGUGCACAUUGUGAGUCAUUCAAGUUGUUGAUUGAGGAACACAGUGAAGAACUUGUUUCUAAGGAGAAGCGAUAUGAUGAGAUAACGGAUGAUAUUCGUAAGUUAUCCUUGGAGAUUGUCUUUCAAGAGAAGACAUUGGGAAGAGCUCAAGCUUUUAUUAAAAAGCUCUCUGAGAAACAAGAUUCAGCAGAGAACAAAGUGGAUUGGACAGAGAAAAAGCUGAAUUCGACGAGAAGACAUCUAGAAAGAUGCAUUGCUAAGCAUAAGUCAAAGAAAAAAGAGCUUCGCUCUGUGAAGGAUAGAUACAGAGAUUGCCUCGAAGAUCUGGAUAUCAAAGAGAAGGAGUUGAAGUCUGUAGAAUCAAUACUCACUGAGAGAAAUAAACAAGUUGAGGAAGGAGAGAAGAUGAUGCAAGAUUUGAAUAGCUCCAUUGAGGAACUUAUGGGACAGCUCAAGUUGAAACAAGAAGAGGUUUGUUCAAUCAACAAGACCAUCACGGAAUGCUCAGGUGAGUUGAAGGCUAAGAUGAAACAACGUGAUCAGGUUCAGAGCUCACUUACUGAUCUUAUUGCUGAGCUCAGUUCUGUCAAGAAAAAGAUUCAAGACAGCUUGAAAGAGUUGCAAUCUAAAGAGGUGGAGUUGAAAGAUAAAAGCUUUGCACUUGAGGAAAGAGCUAAAAAGGUUGAAGAAGCAGAAGCCCGGCUUGUUGAUUUAGAGAGGAAGUCUGAUGGGUUUCAGAUGAAAGUUGAAGCAAAGAGGAAAGAACUAAACUUUAUCAAGAACCAGGUUGAGGUUUCUCUAGCCGAGUCCAAUGCAGAGGAAGUGAGACUAUCUGAGCUUAGGAGAUUGGUGGAAGAGUGUGCGGCAGAGAAAAUAUUAAAGGCAAGUGAGCUUAGUGAGGUAGUGGAAACAUGCAGACAGAUGAAGACUGAUCUUGAGAGAUAUCAUGCUCAGGUCAGCGCAGAGAUGGAGACUCUGAGGAAGUUGGAGGAGGCAGCUGAGAGGAAGUUGAAAGAUCUCACGUUGGUUCAAGACAAUAUUGCGGAAUGUGAGAAGAUGUUUGAGACACGGUCAUCUGAGCUUGUCUCUAAAGAGAAAGAGUUGGAAGUGCUUAGUCUGAAAAUUGACUUGAGGGAACAGACGGUCAUGUCCUUGAAUAGUGACAUGAAGGAGGCUUGCCAACGGAUGGAGAACAUUCAAAAGCUAAUCGAGGAAAGGAGUAGACAAUGUGAGUCACUAAAGUUGUUGUUUGAGAAACACAAUGAACAACUUGCUUCAGCUGAGAUUGCGCCUUCUCUAACACCUGGUACAAUUGUCUCUCUAGUACCAUAAAGAUAACAUUUUCGGUUUUGUGUGUGUUGUCUUCAAGUUAUUCUUUAUAAC